AUGAUAAAAAUCUUUUAUUAUAAUAUUCUAAAAAAUAGUAUUGAUAUGUCUAAUGAAGCUCCUAUUCCAUUGAGAAGUCCAGAGGAAAAUGAAACAGAAAAAGAUGAAAUAAGUUUAAAGUAUAAUGCUUCACACGUAAUAUCAUUAUUUAUUCCUGUAACAAUAUGCAUGUCAUAUGUAGUUUUUUGUAUAAAAUAUCUUCCUUUUUAUGGUAGUACUGAAAAAUUUGGUCAACAAUUAGUUUAUACACCUUUUAGAGAAGAAGGAGCUGAAUCUUUUUGGCAUUUGAUGUUAGUUAUAAUUGUAAUAAUUUUAUUGUAUAAAAAACGUUUUUAUAAAAUUAUUGAUGGUUUUUUAUUUUUUAACACAGCAUUAUUUUUAACUUUUUUCUUAUAUUUACAUAUACAAGAAACAUUUACUGCUUUCGGUAUACCGAUUGAUGUGAUAUCAUUACUUAUUAUAACUGGAAAUUUAUGUAUUAUGGGAAUAAUAUCUAUUCACUUUAAAGGACCUUUAAUUAUUCAACAAACAUUUUUAAUAUUAAUUGCUGCUAUGUUUGCAUUGAUUUUAAUAAAAUUUAUGCCAAAUUGGACAGUUUGGGGAAUUCUUUUAUUAAUCUCAUUUUGGGAUUUAUUUGCUGUUUUAUAUUCAAAAGGUCCACUUAGAAUUUUAGUUGAAACAGCACAGGAACGUAAUGAACCUAUUUUUGCUUCAUUAAUAUAUACUUCUGGACUUCUUUAUGUACCUAUUACAACAGUUAUGGUAACAGAAGAAACUACACCUGUUGAAGGUAAUCAAAAUAAUGAAUGUGAAAUAAAAACCGAUGGAAGAGGGAUAAGAUAUGCUCCUGAAAGACCUCAAAAUUCACUAGUUACAUUAGAUGAAGAUGGUCCAUCAAGUAAUCCACAAAUUCGUGUACAAAAUAGAAAUGAAAGAUUAAUGCUUAAUGGUGUUUACCAUCAACAUCCUACUGAAGAGGAACACCAAGGUGUCAAAUUAGGACUUGGAGAUUUUGUAUUUUAUUCAAUACUCCUAGGAAAAGCUGCAAUGUUUGAUGACUGGAAUUUAGUUGUCGUAUGUUAUGUAUCAAUAUUAGUCGGUCUUUCUUUAACAUUAAUACUUUUGGCACUACAUCAAAAAGCAUUACCGGCACUACCAAUUUCAAUAUUUUUUGGAUUGAUUUUGUUUUUCUCAACGCGUAUAUGUAUAUCUCCUUUUGUUCUUGAACUUUCAAAAAACAAUUUAAUAUAUUGA